GAUCAGGAACAGUCUUGUCACUGCUACCUAACUGUACCCAGGACCCCCCCUCCUGCCUUUGUGAGGCUCCAUCUGAGUCUUGAGUUUCAUCACCACCCAGGACAUUCACCCAACACCUCUUUUAUCAACAUCCACCCUGAAGUAGCCCGGCUGUGGGUUAAGGGCCAAGGACCACCAAGGUGGGGGGCUAUGUGAUCCUGUGACCUAGAGGACCAGGAUUGUGCGGACAUGCUAGGGGCACCUAUCAGAAGAUUCUGACAACAUUGUCACUGUAGGAAACUCCCGCAGCUGUGGCCCUUCCUGUCACCCUCCUGGAUCUGGAAAGGUGGUGUGGGUAGUUCGCUGGGGACCCAGGACACCUGCCACACUGGACACCCAAGAUCAGACUGUUAGAACUGCCCUCCCACCAGUGCCCCCACUCCGGAGGCAUGCGGGUGGCAGAAAGGCCGGGGAGGGGCUCUUAAAAAGAGGAACCAGGCAGGGGAGGAGGAGGAGAAGGAGGGAGCUCUGGGUCAGGUCACGAGGCCCCAGCAGGGCCGGAAAGGGCUCUCCACCCCCAUCAACAUGGACAUGGCUGGGGGUGUUCAAAGCUGUAGGCCAGACCCAAGCCACACAGGAGGCCACUGCUUCCCUGACUCAGUUACCCCUCUGCAUGCAUCCAGGCAUCUCACUCCCAGCUGUGCACUGGGGCUGGGUCCUCAGAGGGCCAGGGUCCCUCCAGUGACAGGGGGAAGGGAAGGGACCCAGGCCGCUGCCCCAAGGCCCUUGGGAGCCUAGGAAGAGGUGAAGCCAGACAGGGCAGCCGGCUGCCAGGGGCACAGAGCAAAGAGACUGGACGGAGCAGAGUCACGGAGCCUGGCCUGGAGCUGGAACCACAUCUUGGCUCUGACCGACAGAGCCAGGGUACUCAGCAGGCAGCAGGACCAGCACAGGGGUGAGCACCCCCUUGGGGUCCAUGUGCCCGCCCCAGGCCCAGGCAGAGGUGGGCCCCACCAUGACUGAGAAAGCUGAGAUAGUGUGUGCUCCCAGCCCAGCACCUGCCCCGCCCCCCAAACCUGUCUCCCCUGGGUCCACGAAGGCGGAGGAGUUGGACCAUGGAGGUACCUCAUCCCCCAGGCUGCCCCCUGGUGUCCCGGUGAUCAGUCUGGGCCACACCAGGCCCCCAGGGACAGCCAUGGCCACCACCGAGCUAAGUGCCCUGCGGCCCCCGCUGCUACAACUCUCCACCCUGGGAAGCACCACAACCCCUCUGGCCCUGCAUUACCAUCCUCACCCCUUCCUCAACAGCUUCUACAUUGGGCCGGCAGGACCUUUUGGCAUCUUCCCUAGCAGCCGGCUGAAGCGGAGACCAAGCCACUGUGAGCUGGAGCUGACUGAGGGGCACCAGCCCCAGAAGGUGGCCCGGCGUGUGUUCACCAACAGCCGCGAGCGCUGGCGGCAGCAGAACGUGAACGGUGCCUUUGCGGAGCUCAGGAAGCUGCUGCCGACGCACCCGCCCGACCGGAAGCUGAGCAAGAACGAAGUGCUCCGCCUCGCCAUGAAGUACAUCGGCUUCCUGGUGCGGUUGCUGCGAGACCAGGCGGCCGCUCUGGCUGCAGGCCCCACCACUCCCGGUCCCCGCAAACGGCUGGCACACCGAGGCCCGGACGAGGGUGCCCGCCGCGGGCCAUGUCGCCGGGCCGAGGUGGUGGUGCGCCCCCAGCCCGCGCCCCCGUCCUGCCCAGAUAGCAGCCCCGGGGGCGCGGCCCGGCCCAUCAAGACGGAACAAGCGGCUGUCAGCCCGGAGGUGCGGUGACCUCUGAGGUGUUGCCUCUGAGCCGAUGAGCACUGGGAACUCAGCCCAGGGCCGUCGAGGAAGGCGCGGACCACGCACUGGGCCUGCUCUGGAGCGAAGUCCCCCGAAGAGGGACCAGCGAGGACGUCCCCUUAAGGGGAAAGGGCCAGGGGUCUGUCGUCCCCAGGGGCCCUGCAGACCUUUUUAUCACCUAACGCCCGCUGGAAGUGGCCUUGCCCGCGUCCGCCUCCCGGAGGCGAGGUCCGGGAACCAACAUGGCAGAGCGGUCAUCGGACCCAAGUGGUGCCUCUUUUUUGCGGGCUGGGGCGGGGGUCACCGAGACGUGGGGUGCGGCCCGGGGGCCUUCCGCUUCCCGCCGGCGCCACCUCCGGCAGACUCGAUACACGCGCCUCCACGGCGUCCGCAGCGCGCCUGGCGGGUGGAGAGAGACGCAGAGUCCACGCGGGGCAUCAUCCCACCUAGCCCGACCCAGCCCCGCACGGUCGCAUUAGCGAAGGCUCAGGCGCUCUUGUUUUUGUUUUUCUUUAUUUCUUUAUUUCACAUACACAUUAGCCAUUCAAUGGAGAAGCCGGAGAGUCAGGCAAAGAUGGUAUAACAGAAGCGCAGUGACGGGGGCGGGGUUAGGGCGGGGCAGAGAGGGGACAGACGGGCUGGCUGCCUACUUGCAUUCCGCUAGGACACUGAAAACCCAGAAAACAAAACAGACAGUAAACUACCCUUGUUUCUUAUGUAUCUCAGUGCAGAGACGGGGGUGGAGGGCAGAGAGAAGGGGAGACCAGGCUGAAGGAGGAGAGGGGGGACAGGGGACGCUAAGGGGAAGCACACCAAAUCCAUUAGUACUAUAUAUAGAGAUACUCGUAUAUACUGCGUUUCUUAGCCUAGGAAGAAACUUGUUUGACGGGACGGGCGGCCUUUGCGGUCCGCGAUGCUGGUGCUGGUCGGGCGCACGGAUCUCCCGGGAGGGGCCGAAGCGGGGCUGGCCCAGGCUGGCUUGCGGGGGGAGGGGGGCGCCCCGAGGGUGGGUAGGUGGGGGGAGCAGAGGUGGGGCUGGAGUGCCCCUCGGGCUCUCGAUUGGGGGACGAAAGUUCUCGUGACUUUAUUGCUCCUUUAUCUUCUUCCGUGGUGUGUGUGUGUGUGUGUGUGUGUGUGUGUGUUUGUGUGUAGGUCCGUUCAGCACGGUCGGGAUGGGGAAGUGGUGGGUCGUCUGAGCCACCCUACCCCUCUGGGACCCAGAGCGCGGCGUCCGCUCCGCCAGCACGGGGGUGAGAACAAGGCACUAGGUCGGCCGGCCAGCGCGGGGGCGGGUGUAUAAGGCAGUCAGUCGACAGGGCUGGUUUCCGGGUGGGGUGGGCUGUGUGCGGGCCGUGUGCGUGCGUGCGUGCGGGCGCGGGCCUGGGCCAAAACGACCUGGCAGCUUGGCUGGUCCUGUCCUGGAGCGUCGAGCCUUUCCCGUGCUCCCCGAAGGUUGACGGGGGUGGGGAUGGGGUGGAAGGAGUGAUGUUGAGUCGUGGGCACCGGGGAAGGUCGGGGAGAAAACUACCAACUUGCUGAGCGCGCUCCAGAUAAUGCUGGUGAGGGUCAAGUUGGCGUCUGGCUCAAAGAAGGGCGCUCGAGGCGGAGAGGGAGGGAAGGAGGGGACAUUUGUACGUUGGCAUUGACCUCUGCGGGGUAGGGGCUGGGGCCCCCCGCCGCGCCCCCGUGCCCGGAAGGGGAGGGGCGAGGAGGGGGCGCCGGGCCCCGGGGGUGGGGCGCCCGAGGAGACCCGCGGCCAGAGCAGCCCCGCCGCUGGGCGCACGCCGCUGUCCCGUUCCGUUAAACUCAACAAAGAAGGGAUAUGCGUGUUCCUAACAAGUGCAGGAUAUUUAAUUGAUUCAUAAACUUAUGUAUAAUAGUUUGUGGGUUUUUUUAAAACGUACUUUAUAAUGUAAGAAGCACCAGGGUUUUUAUGUUGAAUUACCUUAAAAAUAAUUUUCUCUCGUCCUUUUCCUUUUUGAUCGUGUUGAUUUUUUUUUAAAUGUCGAGGUGUUUUUAUUUUUUUUAACUCUAAAAUGUGAACGUUUUCUUCAGCCCUCCCACCGAAACCGAGAACGAACGACGAAACAAAUAAAAACCCCAGAUCAUCCUUGUCAACGCAGGAAAACGACUUAAAAAAAAAAA